AACCUGGUUUGGGCCAAAGGAUUUGCUCUUUGUACUUAUGUGUCCCUAAAACCAAGUAUGAACAGCGAGGAAUGUUGUCACCGAGAACAGAAUGGAAAGGCCACAGCACCAACACAGGGAACGUGCCCUCCACCAUUCCUGGCAUGGUUGGGCCCAGCCUGCGCUGCCUCCACUUCAGUGUUCACGUUACCACCUCGGGGGAGUUCCGGCAGUAAAUAAGUCAAAUUUACAUCUAGUUAUGGCGUCAUAAAUGUAUCAUAUAGUGCCGCCUAGAAUUAUGAAAGCGCUAAAUCUCUCACCAAGAAACUGUUGUGAAAGUAUUGAACUUCCAAUAAAUGGGCCGCAAGCUGUGCACAAUACUACACAACCAUCGCCACCCCCUUGAAUCCUGUGGUUUCAUCACCGAUGCACUAUACAUUUACUGAACUAUGACGUGUGCCGUGUAUUCUUAUCACUAGCAAGGUGUCACGCAGGACAGCGGAAGUGGGGUGACGCAGGAGAGCAGGGAAAGUCUUGCACAGGGAUGGAGACGGAUACAUAUAUAUUGAGGCGAUGGCUGUCUCUCCGUCACACACUCUCGUGCAGUCACCAACCGCUUGUUGUUGCUGUGUCCUAGAAAAUCUGUGGAUCAUGAAGACUGCAGCGAGAGUGAGCCGCUCCCUCACACUGCUGGCCGUGUUGCUGCUGGUGGUCGUGUUCCUCACGGAUACCGCCGAGGCUCAAGAGCGCCGUAACGGGAGGGGAAGAGGCAGGGGCAAGGGCAGGGGCAACGGGGGAGGCAGGCUCAAAAAUAACAAACUUGAACAGUGUGUGUGUGGUGAGGUUGACGGUGACUCUGUCUGCAGCACGUGCUUCGAUGAAACGCGCACAAAUCCAGAUACUGCCACUUUAGCCUCCAUAAAGGAAUGCCUCACUGGUGAAGGGAUUAGUUUCAACGCGACUGCAGGGUGCCAUGGACGCUCGCGACGCCCACAGUAAUGAUAUCAUUGCCAAGACCAAAACAGAAACGGCUUCUGUUGUUGCUGCUGCUGCUGUUCUGGCGGCGCCACCACCACCACAGCAGCAACAUAGACAUGAGAAAACUUACAGUAAACGGAAACAGAUAUACGUCACUUCUCUUCCUCCUUCGUCACCACUUUCUACUACACCACCCCACCUCCACCAACAGACUGUACCCUACCACUUUCCCUAACGCCAUCUACAUCUGUCUGCAUGUCUGCCUGCCUCGCACCGUUCCCCUCAAUAAAGCAUCUCACACGU